AUGAACUCCGAAGGUCUUCUCAGCCCGCAAAGCGGCGUUCGCGCAAGAAGCCGGCUUCUGUCCCUCGCCAAAACGGCAGAGAAGAAGAUGUGCCAGCAGACCUUCGCCGUGCUGUGUGUUGACGAGGGCAGUUGGCCGAAUGAAAUCAUGAGCGUCGACACGGGGGCAGGAUGCAAGUUAAUGUCCAGGUGCAAAGGGCUCACUCGAGCAUGCUUGAUGGCCGAACACCUGGAUGCGGAAGUCUUGCAAUCGAUCCGUGACUGCUUUGAUCGCCUCGUGGCUUUCGUGGAAUGCAUGGACCGCAUCACCGGGGUGACAGCAGACCUGGGUAACUUGUGGCUCAAGCACCACUCCGCCGUCCGGAGCAUCAUCACCGAGCGGCCUGUUUAUCUGACACCAAUCAUCCAGCUGCCCAUGAUCUCCGCGGCCUUCAAAAGUUGUGAGCAGGUCUUGCUGGUAACUUGGGGCUCCCAAGAAGAGGUGGUAGCUAUGAAGAAAAGCUUUAUCGAAGACUGCAACAUCAAGAUGGACUUGGACCGCCUGGAUAUUCUGGGCGUGGAUGCUUCUCAGGACUCUCGCUGGUCCCGGUACCUGAACUUCGACACGAAACCGGAAGAGGACUCGGCGCUUGGCUCAUGCCUGCUUAAGAUGGUCCAGGAACGCAUCGCGGAGGUGAACGUAGAAGGGAAGAAGGACAUGCUGAUCAAAAGCCUCAUCAUGACGACCCGGCUCAGCAUGUUCAGCAACCUCCUAAGGCAAGGAACAGGUCUUCCGGUUUUCAACGAGCUCACGAUGCUGGAUCUGUUUGCUUCGGCAUCGGCUCUGAGCCAUUACAACGACGCCAAAGUCUUGUGUCGUUUAGAGGAGAAACUCGGACGGUCACCACGAUCGUCACCCAGACGCCCCUCAGCCUCAUCGCCUUCCGGGUCUCCUGCGGCCUGCAAGCUGGGUCUCAUCCAGUUGGAGUAUGACUAUCCUCCAGCUUUCGGAGACAUCGACCACCCAGGCACUUUUGGCUUCAAGACGUGCCCGCGUGUGGUGAAAGGGCUAACUUUCGAGAAAGCCCAGGAAGGAUGCUUCGAUCAGGAUAUUCUUGAGAACAUGACUUCCGAGAUCAGGAAGCUCGAGGAGGAGGGCGUUGUUGGCAUCACCGGCAACUGCGGCUUCAUGAUGCACUACCAGUGCUUUGCACGCUACGUGUCUCAGGUUCCCGUCUUUAUGAGUGCGCUGAUCCAGGCAGCAACGAUGGCUGCCGCCAUGGAGCCAGCAGAAAGAGUGCUGAUCCUCACUGCCAAUGCCGCUACCUUGCAGCCUGGCAAGGACCGGCUGCUCUUGGAGAGUGGCAUUCAGGUGACGAACUCGGAGAAAUUUGUCAUUCGAGGCUGCGAGAAUCUUCCCGGCUUCGAGGCAGUUGCCAAUGCAGAGAGAGUGGACACCAUCCGUGUUCAGAACGCAAUCAGUGCUUACGUCCUAGAGAUCAUCAAAGAAGAGGGCACCAGGGAAGGCCACGGUGCCAUCAAGAUGGUCUUGUUGGAAUGUACAGAGCUUCCGCACUACGCCGAUGAGCUCAGGCGCAUCACCGGCUUGCCCGUCUUCGAUGCCGUGACCUGUGUGAACUACUUCUUCCACUCGACGGCGGCGCAGAACUGGAACACGGAGACCUUCACUCCGCACAACAUGUCCUUUUGGACAUCCCACUUUGACGAGGAGGGUCGGGCCCGGGCUGGGCAAUGCAGCGGCGACAGCUGCAGCUGA